UCAACUCAUCAAAACCUCAUCACUUCAUCUCUCUUCUUGAUUCUAUUUCUCUCACUCCAUAGUUUGUUUGAAACUUGUGAUGCCAAAUGCACUCCUUCUUCCUGUGGCAUCAUUCACAAUAUCAGCUCCCCUUUCCGCCUCAAGGGCGACCCCAAAAAGUGUGGUGACCGAAGACAUGAAUUAGCAUGUGAAAAUAAUGUAACCUCCAUCUCCCUUAAUUCUCACAAAUACUAUGUCAAAGCAAUCAACUACACUGGCUACUAUGACUAUCCCACCAUGAGGCUGGUUGAUGCUUCCAUAAGUAAUGACGACAUAUGCUCGUUUCCCUCCUACUCCUUAUAUGCCUUUAACUUCACCCGUUAUGCUCCUAAUCGUCUUCCUUACCGAAUCCUGAGUGGUACUUCUAGCGAUCCGUAUGAUGAUAAAGCCUUCCCUAUUAACUUGAUAAGCUGCCCAAAUCCCUUGACCAAUUCUUCUAUUUUUACUGAUGUCACUUCUCAUUGUGACUCUAAUUCAUCACAUCACAAAUAUGCUUAUAUCAAGGUCGGCCACAUGAAUGCCUCAGAGGUUCCAUACACCUGUGGAGUAGACCUCAUAGCGAUGACAUCCUGGUAUAAUUUCAAGGAUUUGAACAAUGUUUCGCUUUCAGAAAUCCAUGAGUCCCUCUUGUAUGGAUUUGAAUUCUGCGUUUUGUAUAAAUACUUAAAUUUGGGUAAGGAUGCACUAUUAAUUCCUAUAUUUUGGUACGUAAUGCUGGAAAAUGUUGCUCAUUACCAAUACUACUACUCUUGUGUUGUUUGUAUAGGAUUGUUAACCACAAUACUAAUUGUGGUUGAGGUCGUUGCAGUUGCAGGUUUGUUGUGUGCAGUGGUAAGCCCUCCUGUAUUCACCCUCUGUGGAUUCGGCGCUGUGUCACUACACUUAUAUCUGACUAUAGGUUUAUUGUUCAUUAUAACAGACAACCCCCAGUCCGAACGAACUUUCUCGAUGCUCACUGAACUAUCACUUUUAGUCAUAGCCUUCAUCAUCUUUUUACCAAGGGUCGUCAUCUUUUUUGUGGUGUUGUGGCUUUUGAUCUACAAAUGUCAAAAAAGGCAUUUGUCCGAAUACAAAACAAUAGAAUUAUUUCUCCAAAGUGACAACAAACUAAUACCAAUCAGAUAUUCAUAUUCAGACAUAAAGAGAAUGACAAGAGGUUUUCAAGAAAAACUAGGCGAAGGAGGCUAUGGUUGUGUUUACAAAGGAAAACUUCGAAGUGGGCAUCAUGUAGCAGUCAAAAUGUUGGGAAAAUCAGGAGGAAAUGGACAAGACUUUAUGAAUGAAAUAGCAACUAUUGGAAGGGUACAUCAUAUCAAUGUGGUACAACUAGUUGGCUAUUGUGCACAAGGUUCCAAGCGUGCCCUCAUCUUUGAUUUCAUGCCCAAUGGUUCUCUUGAAAAAUACCUCUUCAAUCGAGAAAAAAUGAAUUCCUUAAAUUGGGAUACAAAGUUUGACAUUGCUGUUGGAAUAGCUCGAGGAAUUGAUUAUUUGCAUCGGGGGUGUGACAUCCAGAUUCUUCAUUUUGACAUCAAGCCUCAUAACAUACUCCUUGACGAUAACUUCACUCCCAAAAUAUGUGAUUUCGGGUUAGCAAAGUCAUGCUCCGUAGAGAAGGAGGCAGUGACAUUAACGGCCGCUAGAGGAACCAUAGGGUAUGUUGCUCCAGAACUCAUCCACCGAGGUAUUGGCGUAGUCUCUUUCAAGGCGGAUGUGUAUAGUUUCGGGAUGCUGUUGAUGGAAAUGGUGGGCUUAAACAGAGAGUUGAGGAAAAAUAGUGAUGAUUCAACAAAGUAUUUCCCAAAUUGGAUAUAUGACCACAUCAAACAAGGCAAAGAGAUUGAAUUUGCGGAGGAAAACAUUAAUAAUGAUGAGAAUGAGAAUGUUCGAAAGAUGACAAUAGUUGCGUUAUGGUGCAUACUGAUGAGCCCCGAUGAUCGUCCUUCAAUGAAUCAAGUAUUGCAAAUGUUAGAAGCCAAUGUCAAACGACUGCAAAUUCCAGAGGUUCGAUCAUCACAAUCAACCCAAGUUGCAGGAAAUGGGGAAGAUGGCAGCUGGCUCACAGAUGCAACUGAUUCUGCAUCAUUGCUCCAUCAUGACAACGCCAGCAGCUUUGAGAUUACUAUCGCAUGAACCUCUUCUUCCCAAUCCUUCCUUCCUCCAUCCAUAUCUUCUGCGUGAGGUUUGUAUUAUCUGUUGCCGAUUUAUAAUAGUAUUGUAUUGCAAGAUGAGUUUUUAUAGGGGGCAAAAUGAUCCACAUCCAUUCUCAAAUAUAAAUGACAAAAUAUAAUGUUUGAACAAA